ACUUCCUGUUAAUGUAGACUUCUCAUAACAUCCAGCUAGAGCUGCGACUGAAAGCUAACGCUAUCUAUUGUCACUAUAUCUUAACAACAUAAACAGAGGGACAACAUGUCAGAUACGGAGACAAAACCAUCCAGCCAAGAUGGAGGAGAUAAGAAGGAUGGAGAGUACAUCAAAUUAAAAGUCAUCGGUCAGGACAGCAGCGAAAUCCACUUUAAGGUCAAAAUGACGACACAUCUGAAGAAGCUGAAGGAGUCUUACAGCCAGAGACAGGGUGUUCCAGCAAGCACGCUAAGGUUUCUGUUUGAAGGACAGAGAAUCGCAGACAACCAAACUCCCAAAGAGCUGGGGAUGGAAGACGAGGACGUAAUCGAGGUUUAUCAAGAACAGACGGGCGGACUUUGGAAAGAUUAAACCCCCUGCGUUUCAAAUGUUUCUUUUUUGUAUUUGAUUUUGUAUGUAUGUAUGUACGUAUCUUUGUUCAGUUUCAAACCAUCUGGAUCAAAACUGACUCUUAUCAGGGCUUCCAUGUUUGAAGGGGCAGCGAGGGGAACAGACUGAGGGAUGCUAAUGUUGUUGACCUGAGAAAAAGCAUUCAAAGUGAGUGCCUGUGACCUCAGAUUCUCAUCGACAUAACCACGUACGUAACAAAUAAAAAGCCUUGAGCCCACAUUUUACAAAGACAAACAUCUUGUUUGUUUUCGGGGGAGCAGAUUCUGCGUUAAAGGAAACUGUAAACAUCUAUUUUUAAUUACAAGACAAGUAACGAUCGAAUAUCAUACAGCUUUGUUUUACCGUUCACUAUAGAAUUAUACAAUUAUACAACUAGAAAAAUGAUAAACAAGCCCCUCCUGUGUAACUUAGGUGCUGACAUGUAGAACUUAGGGACCACAAAGGUUAAUGGUUAAGCAAACCUUGAGGUGCAUUGUGGGGUUUUUCACCUACUGCUUUGAAACAAGGUGCUAGUAUUGGACUAUUACAGACACGAUUUUCAUUGUCAUAAAUACACUGUAGCUAUGCACACAUGACAACACAUUUACCCUGUGGCAGAAAAUAGAUUUUGGAUGCAUUCUGUUUUGAAAAGCUUCUGUUCAGGAUGUUUAAAAACAAGUUUGCCUGCACUCCUUUUGUUGGGAGGAGUUACCCAGUGAGACGUUGAAAUUGUCAAUUUAAAGUAGUGAUUGGCCUGAUGCAGUCAUCUUUGAGAUAGCUGUGAUUUUCUUGUAUAUGUUGUAUUCAUAAUUAGCGUGUGUUGGAAUGAUAUGCCCCAUGUAUCUCCAGUGACGUCUUUUAUUUACAUUUGAGAGGUUCCUUCUGUGCUGAUAUCUGAAUAUAUACCCGUUAUGGAAAUGUGUCGCUUGCUGACAGUCACGCUGUGUUAUAACCUCGGAUGAUUCUGUCCUCCAGCAGGAAGUAUCUUGCAAACAGUGACAUGUUAUACUGUGGGGUCAGUAAAGCUUCCCUUUCUGUUUUUGGAUUUAAAUGCUGUGUUCUGUAUGACCUUCCUGCAUAGGUGAAGAUCACAAGCAACCCCCCCAUCUUUGAAAUAGAUUUAUAAUGCAAACAUUUCAGUUUCAGAAGCAUGUCAGCUGUUUACACCGCCAUGCAUUACGCUCUAGCAUCUAAGACGUAGGAAUAAUCAACUUUUUGAAGCAGGAAUUCAGAGAUCACAGAUCAUGUUUUAAAUGGUUGUCAUUUC